UAUUCAAUGAUGCAAAUCCCAAUGAGCGUCCAUAUUUUCGAACGUUUUUUUACCUUUUACCUAGGUCAUCUGCUCACAUUUCACUACAUUUGAAUAGCUUUUUUUAUCCUUUUCUGACGUUGUGAUAAACUUGCAAGCAAACAAGAAAUAGGCUGUAUUUAAUUUUUCAAUUAAUUACGAAGAAUGUCUUCGCAUGUUCUUUCUUUAAAACAAAAUAAAAUGAAAACAAAACAAAACAAAACAAAAACAAAAUAAGGAAAAAUAAUAAUUUCAUUCCGAACUAAUUAAACUUUUAUAAUAAAGAAUAGUCUACGUAUAAAUCGUUCACAUAUUUGCGAAUUGGAGCAUAUAUUAUUUUAAUCUGCCCAGAGGCAAAUCAAACUUUUAUUUCAACACUACAAAAACUUCUGUUAAACAUUUGAACGAAGCUAUGAAGAUCGUAUUACGUUUGAUUACACUGCUAUGCUGGAUUUUCGAAAAUACCGAGGCCAUGAUGAAGAUUGAAAGAAAAGGAGAUAUAAACUUUGUCCUUUACUUACCAUUGUGCCUUAAAGAUGGAUUAACAAUGAAUGCAGCAUUUUUAAUUGAAGCUAUGGAGUUUGAACUUUUCAACAACAGCAUACACGCAAAAACCCAACUUACCAGGGAGCAAGCCAACAUCACACUGGGGUAUGUAAUAUAUGAUACCUGCAAUGCUGAGAAUAAAAUAGCUGAACAUAUCAUUGAAAGACUGCUAAGUAACAACGUAGCAUCGCACUUAAAAACUUGCAACUGCAGUGACGAGAUAAACGACGGGAUGGUGAUGGUAAUGACUACGAUGGAUGAGGAACAAACAGCCUUGGUGGCUAACGUUUUUCUUGGAUAUGAAAAUCACAAAUUGAUUACUUUAUCAGAUAACAGUCCACAACUGGAACCUAUUCUAUAUCCCAACUAUUUUCGUAUGCAAGAGGACGAAGUAAAAGCGUUUGUAGUGUACAGAACUCUCAUUGAGUUUUACAAUUGGAAGAAUAUUGGAUUGGUGUACUCAACAGGUACAUACGGUAAAGUCGGAUAUAACACAGCUAUUAACAUCUUUGCAUAUGCUACGUUUUGUGUCUCAUUUACAGGACAGUUUCAGAGGGAUGGAAAUAGAAACAUUGAUAUGAUAAAAAGGUUGAAAGAAAAUAAUUACUUAGAUGCGGUUAUAUUGUGGCUCACAGCAGAGGAAAGCGAUGACUUUUUUCGACUUGCAGGAAGAUUAGUUAUUCACAAUCGCACGUGGAUAUGCAGUCCGUCGGUAUCGAAUCUUGAUCUUGCAUUUUUCAGUGCCUAUGACCCCUUUGUUGUUCAGGGAACUAUUUAUUUGAAAAACCAAAGAGAAGUUUAUGAUGAAAGUUUUCAGAAUUUCUUUUGGAACUUAACAGUGAAAGAUAUUAACGAAAAAUGGUGGACCAAAAUCACAAAUCUUUUCUUUUAUGGUAACAUAUCUCGCAAUAUUCAAGUUUUGAAAGAAAAUAUUUCCCCAUGGACUUACCUGACAGCCCAGAAACUUCUUCCUCCUCUUAGGGCUACAAAAUAUGCUAUAGAUUCAGCUAUAACUGAAAACGGAAACAGAAGUAAACAAUACUUAACCUCGGAAGUAAACACGUGGGUGAAAACAUUUCUCGUUACGUUAUCUUUCUUUUUGGGAGAUCAAAGUAUAAGUCUCCUACAAAUUGACCCAUUCUCAAAAGCGGUCAAUUUAACUUCUAUAGCAACUGUUUCGAUCAUGCUGCAGCUUGGGUUUAUCGACGUAGAAGGAAAUGGAACUUGGAGUGGAUACAAAACCACCGUACCUGCAUCCAAAUGUGACGAUGUUUGCAAACCAGGUUUUUAUCCCGCGUAUAUUAACCAAAAAUGCUGUUGGCUAUGUUUCAAGUGCAAAAAGGGAUUCUUCAAGGCAAUGUUUGGGAACAAAAUGUGUGAAAAAUGUCCCGUUAAUAAAGAAGCAAGUCAUGACCGAACCUCGUGCAUCUCUUACACAAAGUUAUACGUUCUUCACAACACGGUACAUGCUUAUGUCAUGUAUUGCUUUGUUUUUGCUGCAUUUUUUCCAAGUCUAUUUGUUUUGAUAUACUUUAUUAAAGAAAAAGAUACGCCCGUUGUUCGAGCAUCAAAUCUUACCUUAUCCAUUUGUCAACUAACAUCUCAUCUAUUAUUAUCUGUUGUUUCCCUAUUCCUAAUUGGAAAGGUAGGCAAUUUCAGCUGUAUUGCAACUCUGGCUUUGCAUGGGUUUCUGUUAUGUAUAAUUCUAUCCAUAACCUUCACAAAAACAAUAAUAUUAGUGGAUAUUUUUCACAGAAAAGUAGUUUUCCAUCAUUCCGCCAUGACAAUGGCUUUGCAUUACAUUUGUAUUUUUAUAAUAUUGAUCAUUUAUUGUUUUCUGGUAACCGUUAUUAUCAUCCUAUCACCGAAUGGACUUCAAAGCGUGCGACAAAAAGAACAACUACAGAUAGAAUUAAGUUGCGGCAAUAAUAUGUUGUUGAUCACUCAAUUGGUUUAUAUUGUUCUGUUAAAUAUACUCUGUAUGAUUCAGGCAUUUAAAGCCAGAACGCUACCAUCUUAUUUUAACGAAGCAAAAUAUAUAUUAUACAGCACUUUUGGUAACGCUGUCAUUUUUACCAUGACAACUCUCCUUUACGGAAGUAUACCAGACAUAGCAACAAAAACUGUUCUGUUUCAUGCGGCCAUAUUUUCAUUCAACAUCUGUACUUUAACUCUAACAUUUGGUCCAAAAUUAUUCAUCAUUAUUUGCAGACCAAGAGAAAAUAGUGUACGCGUGUUUCAAAAGGAAUUAUAUAAUCAUAUGAAAGAAAGAGUGGAUAUGAAAGUUUUCUCAAGAAAGACAAUGGAGUGAAAAAGAUGCACAAAAAUUGAGUUGAACUAAUGAUUCUAAAUAUUUUUGUCAUCGUUUACACCCACACACAGACUGACGCACGCACAUAAGCACGCACGCACAUAAGCACGCACGCAAAUAUCGCAUCAGACAUUUGUUUCAGGGAAGCAAUGCAUUUAAAAUUUUUGGUGUAAUUUUUAAAUAAAUUGUGUAAAAGUUAAAUAUAUUAACAUUUGUCAGGAUGACAGGCAUGCUAUGGUUUCACCCUAAAUAUACUUGGCUUUUUGAGGCCUAAUAAUAUUGAGAAUUCUGCAUAUUUCGUAUUAGUAAUUGCCUAAAAUUUUUAAAACACAAUUUAGGAAAAUUUAGGAAAUAGGUUAAUC